GUCACGAAGGAAUCCUUGGCAUAUACACACGUCAGUGUCUCAAUGUGAUUUUGAGUGACUGGCUGGAUUCUUGUGGAGACAAGCGGAACGGGUCAGCUAAACCCAUUUUCUCUGUGUUUCGCCCAUUUACGUGGAGAGGGCUGGUGCAUGCCGGUCUGGAUAGAUCGUUUGACAGCGUUUCUUUCUCCUGGAGUAAGGCUGAUACGAGCCGUCCUGGGUCGGGCGUGGAGGGAGCCGAGAUGAGCGCCUUUCGGAGGGGUUGUGGGGUGUCUCUAUUGGGUUUCUAUUGGGUUCUAAUGGAAGUAUGGAGUAUCGGGGCUGCCUGCCCGGCGUCCUGUUCCUGCAGCGGGACCAGGAUCGCCUGUGUGGACCAUGAGAGGGGUAUCAUGGCUUUCCCCGUGCUGCAGUCGGAGAUGGAAAUGGACAACAUCACCGACAUAUAUAUUGCCAAUCAGAGCCGCUUCUCAUCCAUCAAUGACAAAGACCUCCAUUAUUACCGGAACCUCACCAAUCUAACUGUUACUAACAGCCGGCUGACCUAUGUUUCUCGACUAGCCUUCCAGAACAACCUCAGACUUCAGUAUCUGAAUCUGAAAGACAACAACUUGUCAUCUCUGUCUUGGAGGAUAUUUCGACAUUUAAACAUAUCAAAUCUGAUUCUUUCUGGGAACCCUCUACACUGUUCAUGUGAGAACAUGUGGAUGAAGCUGUGGAUGGCAGAAGAGGCCUACACUCAGGACCUGAAAUGCAUAGCGGAGGGUGGCUGGAGGAAACCUCUGACCAGCCUCAACCUCCCUCACUGUGUGGUUCCCAUGGCGACUCUGAGUCCCUCCAAGGUGAAGGUGCGGGAGGGUGCCAAUGUGGUGUUGACAUGCAACACUUCUGGAGCGCCCUCUCCUGAACUCAUAUGGAACAUGACCCCACUCGUCUCCAACUAUGAGAUUAAAACGUCCGGACAGGUGUCUGAACUCCAUCUUUAUAACCUGUCCUCCCUGGACAACAACUGUAAGAUCACCUGUAGCGCUCAGAAUAUCGUGGGCGAGCAUGAGUCCUCGGUCGUCCUCGACAUCCUCUUUCCCCCUAACAUCAGUAAGUUGAGCGAUGCCUACCAGGACCAUCACUGGUGUAUACCCUUCAGUGUGUCAGGGAACCCCCAGCCGGAGCUUCGCUGGCUGUUGAAAGGAGUUCCGGUGACUGAGGGACCCUACAUUUUCACCCAGAUCCAUGACUUCUCAGAGAAAGAGUACCAUGGCUGUCUCCAGCUGGACAGCCCCACGCACAUCAACAAUGGACCGUACACACUGCUGGCCAGCAACGUGUACGGAAAGGACCAAAAGACUGUGGAAGCCCACUUCAUGCGCAACCCCUUUGAGGGCGGCACUGUGACUGAACCUCUUUACUAUGACCCAACUACAGAUGACACACCUCUAGAUCCACCGGAAGACAGAGUUGCUGUAUACGUGGUCGUAGGGAUUGCAGUGGUAGUCUUCACGGGUUUCCUGUUGAUGCUGGUCUUCCUGAAAUUUGGGGGGAACUCAAAGUUUGGAAUUAAAGGCGCCUCGUCAGUGAUCAGUAACGAUGACGACUCCGCUUCUCCUCUCCACCAUGUGUCUAACGGCAGUAACACGCCGUCCUCCUCGGAGAUUGGCCCUGACGCCGUCAUCAUUGGCAUGACCAAGAUCCCCGUCAUUGAGAACCCUCAGUACUUCCGCAGCAAUAACAUGCUCAAAUCAGACACCUUUGUCCAGCACAUCAAACGGCAUAACAUAGUGCUGAAGAGGGAGUUGGGAGAAGGGGCAUUUGGGAAGGUUUUCCUGGCUGAGUGCUACAAUCUGUCUCCAGAACUUGACAAGAUCCUGGUGGCCGUCAAGACCCUGAAGGAGGCCAGUGAGAACGCAAGGAAGGACUUCCAUCGGGAGGCUGAGUUACUGACCAAUCUGCAGCACGAGCACAUUGUCACCUUCUACGGUGUGUGUGUGGAGAGUGACCCGCUCAUCAUGGUGUUCGAGUACAUGAAACACGGGGACCUCAACAAGUUCCUCAGGGCUCACGGGCCAGACUCUGUGAUGAUGGGUGAGGGUCCAACCAAGCGGCCGGUGGAGCUGACCCAGUCCCAGAUGCUGCACAUCGCCCAGCAGAUCGCCGCAGGCAUGGUCUACCUGGCCUCCCAGCACUUCGUCCACAGAGACCUGGCCACGCGCAACUGUCUGGUGGGAGAGAACCUGCUGGUGAAGAUCGGUGACUUCGGAAUGUCCCGAGAUGUGUACAGCACGGACUACUACAGGGUAAGUGUGGGAGGUCACACUAUGCUGCCCAUCCGGUGGAUGCCUCCUGAGAGCAUCAUGUAUAGAAAGUUCACCACGGAGAGCGACGUCUGGAGUCUGGGCGUGGUGCUCUGGGAGAUCUUCACCUACGGCAAACAGCCCUGGUACCAGCUCUCCAAUAACGAGGUGAUUGAGUGUAUCACACAGGGCCGUGUCCUUCAGCGACCUCGUACCUGUCCCAAAGAGGUGUACGACCUGAUGUUGGGGUGCUGGCAGAGAGAGCCUCACAUGAGACACCACAUCAAAGAGAUCCACAACCUACUGCUCAACCUAGCCAAGGCCUCUCCUGUCUACCUGGACAUCCUGGGCUGAGCAUAUGUGUGUGUUUGUGUGUGUGUGUAUGUGUGUGUUUCUGUGUGUGAGCGAGAGAGUGUGUGCCUGCAGUGUGUACGUGAGUGCGUACAUUCACCUGAUUGUACGAUAUAAGAAUGGAUGAGUAUGCCUGUAUGUAUGGAUACAGUCUCUACUGAAGGUAUACACACUCCUCGCAUUUGCUUCACAUUGUGCUGCCUUAAGACUAAAAUCGAUUGGAUUUCUCUUCCUACAGAGAUAUGCAAGAGAAAUGAUUGAACCUUUUCCUAAUUACUACGGAGUACACAGUGAGGAUGUAUUGAUUGUGUAUGUCUUCAAAGUCAGAGUUAUUACUUGGUUAAAGUACCGUUGGCAGCCAUUACAGCUGUGAAUCAUUUUGAGUAAUAUUCUGCCAACUUUGCACCACUCUUUGGGCAACACAUAUCCAUUGUUUUGUUUUUUUUAAAUGUCUCAAGCUCAGUAAAUUUUGUUAGGAGUCAUUGAUGGAUAACAAUAAUUAAAUUGUGAUUUUUAAUCUGAUUUAAGUCAGGAUGGAGACUGGAGCCUACAGGAAAACCCAACACCUCUUUGAAAGCCAUUCUAGUCUGCAAUGGUCCUGCAGAAAAAUGUCAUUGUAUCCCAGGGUUAGGUUUCCAUAAGUCAUGAGGAAGGUUGUGCUAUUUCUUUUUAAACUGACUGAACUGCAUGUGAUGGCAUUAUGUUGUUAUGGGUAUGCUUGUCAUUAGCAGGGAAUGGGGACCCCCUAGCUCUUUUAAAAAACUAAAUCCUGGAAUACAGUUUUAAGACACUAAUGUUUAUGCCAAAGAUUCCCCAGAAGGGCUUUCAAAGAUUUGAAUACUGCUGUCCAUCAAUGAUUCCUAACCAAAUUUACAAAGCUUCACCAAUGUUGACAAAUAUAAUCAACAUACUAUAUGUUGCUCUAAAAACAAUUCUAAAGAAAGAAUAUAAUUCAAUUUCGCUAUUGCAAAUGUGCUUCCACCAAAUAUUAACUCUGUGGUGUGAGGACAUGCAAUCAAGAAAUCUUUGUUUUGUGUUUCUUCUUAAUGAACAAAUUGCUUUAUAACAUUCUUUCACUUUUCACAAUAUACUGAAGGAUGUGUAGGUCUUUAGGGGUAGAAAAUCCAAUGUAAUCCUUUUUGUAUAUUAAAUUGUAAGGCAGCAACAUGUGAAUACUGUGUAAGGGGUAUAGCCAUUGCCUGUCUACAUGCUGGUCCUGACAUGUGUGUCUGAAGCUAUGAUCAAAUGCUUAAAGUCAAUCAGAAGAUUCCCAAACUGUCCUUCUCUCUCGUAUACUUUUCUUCUGCAUAUACUAUAUCUCUUUACACACAGUGUCCUUUCUACCUGCUCAACAGACAUUAGCAAUGAUUUGUAUUGGGAAAGCUUCUCCAAUCUGUACAAAGGCUUUUAAACUGGGCUGAAUGGACUACCAUAAAUGACUAAAAGGGAUGUACUGUAUGCUGUACAGCCGGCAAAGGGAGGAGCCUUUUGGUCCAACUGGUUUCUGGAAAUCACAUCCUUCUGAAAAUAAACCCCUCGGGUCCAGAAGUGGUUAUUUUCUGUACAUACAGCAUCUACCAGACAUUGGACCCCAGCAAUGUCCUACAGAAAAGUGUGAAACAUUGUUCUAUCUGAGAAGACAUGGUAGCAUUAAAACAGUUAUUUCCACUCCUGUGAACAAUAUUUGCCAUAACAACAAUGUUAACUAAAGCCAUUAUCAAAGUUAACUUAAAAGGGAGAAUGGGUCAGUUCUUCAGUUAGUGUUAUUCUGUUUUGAUUUGUAAUUGACUGAUUUGUAAUUUAUAUUUUAGUUAUCUUUUUGGUUAAAUAUUUUAAAAUUCCCAUUCAGGAUGUGACCAUCCUGACAUAUAGGCUUUCAGAAAGGUCUGAGUGAGAUUUUUUCAGUCGGGAUCUUGGUUUAGGCAUGAUCGGGUCAACUGGGGUAGAAUCAUGACACACAUUUACACACACACACACACACACACUCAAGGCUUCUGAAGAAAAUGUAAUUUUGCAUGUUUUAUUAUUUGAGCUGCACAGUGCUCCAGUCACACAGCCCCAGCCCUCGUCAGUAAUGGUGUAAUGUAUAUUUCAUUAACAGGAUAAUGUCCUCCAUUAGCACAGUCCCCCUUCAGACAUUUAAGACUUAUUGUUUUAUUGGAGGGAAAGGGAGGAGGGAGGAAAAUUAGGAAUUGUAGAAGGUGGAGAGGGAGACGGCUAGAUAGGAGGGGAGAUGGCAAGGUACAGUAGGGAGGGAGGAGACCUGAAUGCCUGCAGGGACAUGCGAGGGUAACAUCUAUCGUAUAAUGUGGUCUUGUUGGUUUUAGAAGCCACAGCUUUUUACUUUACACACAUCGAAUUCUUCUGAUGGGCUCCUAGACUAUACACACCCUCUGUCACCCACGCAAACAGGCUGACACCUCCCCAUUCACACACCUCCCUUAGAUUCUGUGUCAACUACAGGCUCUCCCAGAGUCGUCUACAUACUCAAGAAAAACCCUCACCCACAUGCAUUACAUUCAAAUCACACGGUAACUCCCUUAGACACUAAUGAACACACUCAUUCAGAAGUAAUAAUUUCAAACAAAACUGUUUGAGUGUCAUGAUAUUGUUAUGCAGUGAGGUCCAACAGUAUUUGGACAGUGACAGAUGUGUUGUUCUUUCAGCUCUGUACUCCAGCACUUUGGAUGUGAAAUGAUACAAUUGCAUAAUUUUAAUAUGUCCCCAGACAACAUCUCACCAUUACAAUAUUACAACAUUAUUCCUCUAUCUUUCUCACUCAUUAUUCAAAAUUCAUUCUGAAUUAGCUGUAACUAUGUUAGCAUAAACAUUAUUGUAGAACUGUUUAGAAAGAUUAGAUUUUUAGUCACAAAUUAUUAUACACCAUUUAUUUUAUUUCAAUUUUUUUUUUUAAACACAACCCACACUAAAAGCAAAUGAAUACAAUAUGUUUGUAGGCAAACAUUAUGUAGUUGUGUCCUAGGAAUAUAAGAGAAACUUUUAACUACUGUGAUAGACAGAAAUUGAAAUUAAUUUGUCUAAAUACUUUUGGUCUAUGCACAAGUGAGUACUAUGCACAAAGAAUUCUGUCAUUUCUAAACAGUUUACCCGAUAUGGAAGAAAAUACCCUACAUUAAAAGCUGAAAGUUGUCACUUUAACCUCUUAGUCAUAGUAUAAUUUUAUCCAAAGUGAUGGAGUGCAGUGACAUUUGGAGAUUACUGUAUGUUCCUUUACUGAUAGCAUUUUAUUGAUUUUUGUCAUAGUUUCAAAAUACUGGGGAAAAAUGCUUCCUCAAAAUGAAAUACAAAUAUUUACUAAAUAAUCUACCAGUUGGGUGAGAGAAUGAAACAAGCCAGAUUUAUUUUUUAUUUACAGUAUUAUAAAAUCACCUUGAAUUAUAGUCUUAAAACAAGAAUAUAAGGUCUACUCAGAUCUGUUGUGUCUGAACUGUGUCUUCUGUAACACACGAGAAGACAAAACUGACAAAAAAAUAAAUAAAACUUUUUUUUUUGAGAAAGCAUUUUUGCCGUGAACAUGAUGAUAUUGAAAGUGUGUUCUUUUAUUUUAAAAUGAUACUCUAUAUUAACUAUAAACAUUUUGUAUGAUUUUUUUUUUCUGAAGUCUAAGUUCUUUGCUCUGAAAUGAGGUCUGAAUCAAGUUCAAAGUGGGUGAUCUAAUUGAUUUUGCUGACAGUAUUAUGUGUGUGCGUGUAUGUGAGCGUCCUUAAAAGUGCAUUGGGCUAUGGUCAAAAGCAGUUCACUAGUAAAUAAUUUAAAUUUAAGACGUAAAGUGUGUGUGUGUGUGUGUGUAUGAAUCCAUCGACACGGUCUCUGUUGCAUUUUCCGGCCUGCCACUUGAGACAUAAAUCAAAUAAAUACUAUCCAUUUAACAAAGAGAAAGGAUGACCUUCGGUAGAAGGGCAAAUGGAGAAAUGCCAUUUGCAACUGGUAUUAAAUUUUGAUCGUACAAUAUUGUGUGCAAGGGCCUUCCUUGUAGAAAGUGACAGAACUUGAAGUGUGAGAAGGAGCACUGUGUGAAUAUGAAUGUGCCCAUCGAACUAAGGAACCAGUCUUAAUUCGCAGUAUGGAUCUAUGCUACAUGAAAUGGCUAAAGUGGGACAAGGCAACAGUGGCUAAUAUGUCAAUUAUCUAUCAGAGGAUAGCACUGGAAGAUGUUUUUGUGCGGACCAGUCUGAGUCCAGAGUACAUCUUGGUCAAGUUACUGUGACUAAUGGAGCAUUCCCAGAAUCCACUCUGAUGUAUGGUCCAACCAUGUCUGCCUACCAAUAGGCUGUAGCCAUUGGGAAACACUGAUUGCAGUGCUUUGGAACUCCUUAAAAAUGGACAAAAAAGGGAAUGACAAUCACAACCCUCAACAAGUGACCUGCUGUAUACAAACUUACUGUAGUUAAAACAUUUUAUGCUGCGUAUGUGAUAGUCCUAAACCGGUCUAUAGCAGUGGUAUACCGUCUUACUUUUCAAAACUACAAAAAGACAAAAUGGACAAUACUGUAUAAACUGUAUGUUAAUACCCCCCCCCACCCCCCCCAAAAAAAGUCUGCUGUGUCAAAUGUUCACUCUAGAUUGUAAUCUUCUUUGUCUGACAAGGAGAACGGUGAUGUAAAGUUGCAGUCAGCAAUAUGAUAUGUCUUCUACUUCACAGACAUUAAUCAUUUUCCUUACAGUGAGUGACAAAAGAAGAGGAAGUUGUAGAGAAUAAGCUGAAUCUGCCUUGUUGUAUACUCAUCUCUCAUCAACCCUGUACUACACCCUACAAUACCCAACCAACCUUUACAGCCAUAUACAACACCCAACAAUACUAUACAACACAACAACCAACAAGGAUAUGCAACGCUGUAAAACACCCAAAAGCCCGAGCCUCAUACCGCUGCUUGAUCCCACAAGCUUACAUUUACACGCUACCCAGAUAUCAGUCUAGUUGGGCUGAGCAGGCUUAAGUUUGGAUCUACCAUUUAACCGGGCCAAUCAGCACACUUUCAUGAAUUAUGGGUUUGGUCUACUGUAGGUGAUGGCGAGUACUAACCCAAAUCGAUUUUUCAGGAGCGUUCAUCAGUGUUAAACCUAAUACUAUUAGUCUUUUGUUAACAUUGUUGUCAUUUGCUGUAUUUGUUUUAUUCUUUUGAAUGUGUUCUUGGUACUCACAAAGGCACCAUUGAUGUGCAAAUGUUCGUAACAAAGACGGUAAUAAUAAUUUUCCCGGUAUGUCAGUCAGUCACACUUACUGGAUUGAUCUGCUUGUUUGAUUGCUGUAGCUCGAUUUACAGUGAGUCAUUUAUUAAUGAGAAUUAUGGCUCUUAGAUGCUAUGUCCUAUGCAUUGUUGGUUUGAUUGGUUGAAGGUCGAUCCAAUUGCAUUUGAGUUCAACUUUUCUCAACAGCCCCUGGAAACGACCCAAGCCCAAAUGGUUUGAAUCAUAGCCCAACUAGACUGAUGUCCCUCUAGCGUUUAAAGGUGAGCUUGUGGUUUCAGGUGGUUGUACACCCAACAAUCACAUACAACACCAUACAACCAACAACCCUUUACAACCCCAUAAAACACCCCAUAACUCCAUACAACACCCAACAACCCUAUACCACCAUAUACAACGCUAUAAAACACCCCACAACUCCAUACAACACCCAACAACCCUAUACAACCCCACACGACCAUACACAACUCCAUACAAAACAGCCGUAUACACUCCCAUAAACUCCCUUCUGUUAAAACCUCAUUCAACCACAUACACUCCUAUAGAACGCAUUCAUAUGAAAUCCCAUAAAACCCUAUACACUCCUAUAUUAUCCUAUACCAUACACCCUCAUAAACCCUAAACAUUCCCAUGUGACCCUAUAACAUACAACUCUAAACACACCCCCUACACUGCUAUACCAACUGGUACCAUACAAUACCAUACAAGUGUCCUCCUCCGACAUUACUGUAAACAUUCUCCAGAAUGUCUGCCCUGUCCUUUCUUUCUCUUUCUUUGCUGUUUUCUUUCUUACUUUUUUAUGUUCUCUCCCAGCUGUUAAACUGUCCUGACCCUGAAGGGCCAAUGAGAGGAGUGUGUAGGCGUGUGUAGCCAUGGAGCAGAGCAGGCUCAGUACAGAACAAAAUGUCCAGGGCACAACCCCUCCAACUCUGAAGGCUUUGGUCCCAGUGUGACAGGUGUCCCAUAACCUGUGUGAUAAUAACGUGAUCAGCUUUUCUCAAUAAAACGGACCAGUCCAUUGUGAUAUGCUGUCAUUAAUAAAGGUGUUAUGUUUUAA